UAUUAUCAGAACUACCAAUUCGUAACUGCGACAAUAACUAAAAAACCAGAACAAAAAGAGUCGUCGUAUCGUCUGUCGUUAAUAAUUUAUUUUUUUCUCAUUAGAAUUUCUUAGUACGAGACGACCGUGUGUCUUUUUUGAGUGUUAUUUUAAGCGAACCGCAAGCGUUCUCCGCCGUUAGUUUUUCCAUCGUCGAGUUUCGUUAAUCAAUGUCAAGACGUGUGAUGGAUGUCCGCGCUGAACAUUCGGUUCUUUUAUAGUACACAAAUUGUUCUCUGCUUUUUAGUUUUAGACCAGUGCUAAAUAAGUUUGUUGCAUGCGAGAUGGGAGCAAAGGCCAGCACGGCCAACGGCGAUGACAGCGGUGGUAGUCAUGCGGACCGGUCGUUCUCAACGGGCAGCGGUCCGGACUCCAUGCAGACCGCCGGCAACGCUGGGUUUAGUAUAUUACGUUCAUUGCCUAGUGUCGUGGCUAACGACAGGCAACGCGCCAGGUCGUUGUCCAGCGUGCCCGAUGGCCACGAUGACAAUAGUAACUCGACAGGCUCGCGAUUCGACAUCACCGACGUGCUCGAAGCCGACAGUAGCUCAAACGACGAUCAAAACAUGGACAGUCCCACAGUUAUGGCUAAUAUAAGUCUUGGACGAGUUUACUCAGCACAUUCGUUACCUGCACAUAUUUGGUCUUUCAAUGGAAUAAAGUGUCCAGUAUGUUCAAAGUUUGUUUUGCCGGACGAGAUCGAAGUACACCUCGUCAUGUGCCUGACCAAACCCAGACUGAUUUACAACGAAGACGUUUUAAAAGACGACAAAGGCGAGUGCGUUAUAUGCUUGGAAGAACUGACGCAAGGCGAUACCAUUGCCAGGCUGCCAUGUCUCUGCAUAUACCACAAAACUUGUAUAGACCGGUGGUUUGAAGUGAACAGAUCCUGUCCAGAGCACCCAGGCGAUUAAAUUUGUCAAAUGGUUUCUUUGAAGAAAAAGUUGAAAAAAAAUAAAAAGGAAAAUAAAAGUUAAACAUACCCAUUGGCUAUAUAAUAAUUAAUUUUUAACAACUACCACUUUUGAACAUCUAUCCUAAUUGUUAAUAAAUAAUAAUUAAUGUUAAUAAUAAUGAAGAAAAUAAAAAAUAUAUUUAUAAGAAUUGCACAAAUACUGUUGUCAAAUAUAGGUCUUGUACGCUUUCAGUGUUUUUUGCAAUUCGGUUGUGUGCUAAGGCUGACGAAGUUAAAUGUUUGUUAUCUGAUUAUGCUCGAUAUCUAUGAAAGUUAUAUUUAUUGAUCACAUAACGCAGUCAUACACAUGUAGUUGCAUAACAAUAUUAUUCUCAGUUUUUAUAUUUUAUAUUAUUUUACGUUUGAAAUGAUUUUUUAAAUUUUAAUUCUAUAAACUUGAGCAAUACGAUGUAGGAGUUUAAGUACAUUUUUUAUGUAAUUAAAUUGUUAUUCGUUUGAUUUGUUCCAAAAAGUUAUACAAACAGCUGUACAUACAUAUCAUUUCCUUCCUUUUUUUUAUUUAUGUAUUAUUUUUUAUUUUUUUCUGAUUAAUAUUUAAUAGGUAUUCUUGUAAUGAAUAUAAUUGGAUUGAAAUUAAAAUAAUUUCCGUCGAACCAUAUAGUAAAGAAUGUUAGGCUUUUCUUUUUUAUAUUUUAACUAGUAUAUUUUAACAAGCUGAUUAUUGUAUAGUUUUGUAUGUAUAUUGGAAGCAAAAGCGAUUAAUAUAAAUUACCCAAAAUAUUAGUCGCUAGAGUUAUUUAACAUAACAUGUUUUAGUUAUUUCUGCUGUUAUUGAUCAAAAACAUUUGAUUUUCAUUUAUAUUCAAAGUAAAAAUAGACUUAAGCAUUUUGUCGUUAUUUUGAAUUUAUACGGUGCAUUGUAACUUUGUUUUGUUUUGUUUUAUAAUUAUAAAUUUUUUUUAAAUGUAAAAUACAAAUUUUAUAAACGAAAUCUAGUUGGGGAUGCUAUUUAUACUGAAAUUGUAUUUCUUGUUUAAUUUAUACACACAAACACACAUAAUAUAUAAUAUGUGUAGUAUAUUUGUAUAUCAUUUAAAAGAAAAAUAUGUAAUUUUUUUUUUUGAAGACAAUGUCUGCGGAGCCAAUUUGCAUUUGUCGGUUGCCAUUUAUGUUAUUUUGUAUCGCACGUACACACAGAUUCAUCGUAAAAUAUCUACUGCUGGUUUGUUUAUUAUUUAAGUAGUUACUGUAUUAGGUAUCUACUAUAAUUACAUAAUAACAAUUAACUUGCGUUCCCUUUGUGCUCAAUCAGUAGAUUCAAAAUAUUUAAACGCUAAAAAUAAUAAACUAUUUUACUCUUAAAUGUAUAUGAAAGGUAUUUUGAGGAAUGUUGUUGUGUGUGUACAAAUUUCGUACAGAGAAUUUAAAUGAAAUUGACAAGAAGUAUAGUUAAGUUUUUGUUUUUACUAGUUUUUAUUUACUUGUAAAAUGUGUUAUUCAGAUGAAAAAUAAUAUUUGUUUUCUGUCUACAAAAAUAUUAUUUUUAAACUUGUAAGACCCCUUUUAAUCUGUUUUAUUGUGAUAUGUAUCUUAAACAUGAAUGUAAU